AUGUCGGUGUUCGAGGAGAUGGGCGUGAUGCCCGAGCUCAUCCGCGCCAUCGAGGAACUGGGAUGGCUGCUGCCAACGCCCGUGCAGCAGGAGUCGGUGCCGCUGAUUCUGGGAGGAGGCGACGUGAUGGCCGCCGCUGAGACGGGCAGCGGGAAGACGGGCGCGUUCGCGCUGCCCAUCUUGCAGACAGUCCACGAAGCGCGGCGCGGGGUGAUGAUUUCGAAGGCGCAGAAGGCGUCCAAGUCGGGCGGUAAGCAGGCAUCAUUCAAGCACGAGCUCUCCUUGGAGGACAGAGACCCCAUGCUGGCCAUAUCUCCGGAUGGCCUGGUGUGCCAGAGCCGGGCACCGAAAUGGUCCGGUGGCCGCGGCUCCACGGGCGUCUGCAAGGGCAAGGCGUACUUCGAGGCGACCGUCAGGGACGAGGGGCUCUGCCGCGUCGGCUGGUCCACCAAGGCUGCGUCUCUCGAGCUAGGCACCGACAAACACGGAUUCGGGUUCGGCGGGACGGGCAAGGCGUCGCACGCGAAGCAGUUCCUGGACUACGGCGAGGCCUACGGGCUCAACGACACCAUCGGCUGCCUCCUCGACUGCGAUUCCGGCACCGUUUCCUUCUCAAAGAACGGCACCGAUUUGGGCGUCGCGUUCGAGAUCCCAGGCCACCUGAAAGGGCAGACCUUCUACCCCGCGGUGUGCCUGAAGAACGCCGAGAUCGGGUUCAACUUCGGCGCCACGCAGCUCCGCUCGCAGCCCCCCGCGGGGUACGUCGCGCUCGCCAGCGCGCCCGCCGCGACGCUGGUCGCCGGGUCGGCCGUGGAGGCGGCGCCCGCGGACGCCAAGGGGUCCGGCCGCGCGCCGCUGGCGCUGGUGCUCGAGCCGACGCGCGACCUCGCGGAGCAGACCCUCGCUUGUUUCAGGCAGUUUGCCACGCAUCUCAGUUCGCCGUCUCUGCGGUCGGAGCUGCUCGUGGGCGGCAUGGACACGAAGAAGCAGGCGCGCGCGAUCGCGGACGGCGUGGACGUCGUGGUCGGGACGCCCGCGCGCGUGCUGGACUUUGCUGAGUCGGGCAAGCUGUCGCUGGCCGCUGUCAGGUUCUUCGUGCUGGACGAGGCGGACCGGCUGACGGACGACGACGUGCGCGCGAUGGUGCUGAAGAUGUUCAAGAUGAUGCCCAAGGGCGGCGCGGGCGUCGAGCGCCUGCAGGUUCUCAUGUUCAGCGCGACGCUCCACAGUAAGGAAAUCAAGACUCUUUCCGAGGAGAUCUGCCAGACUCCGGUCUGGGUGGACCUCAAGGGGCGGGACCACGUCCCGGACACCGUCGACCACGCCGUCGCGAUCGUCGAUCCGCAGGAGGACCGCUCCUGGCUCCAGGCGCAGCCCGCGACCUACACAGACGGCUGCCACACGUUCGACGACUGCGGCGCCGGGGUGCAGUCCAAGGCGGGCUGGUCCGAGGCGGUGAAGCGGCUGAAGCAGCGCGUGCUGCAGCGCGUGAUCGACCAGCACAACAUCGAGAAUGCCAUGAUCUUCUGUCGCACGAAUUACGACUGCGAUUUGCUGGAGCGGUUCCUGAACGAGCUGGGCGGGGGGCGGGCGUUCCGGGGCAAGGCGGAGAGCGGGAAGGAGGGGGCGUACUCGUGCUGCGUGCUCGGCGGCGCGCGGAGCAUGGAGGAGCGCAGGAGGAACUUGGAAGCCUUCAAGGAUGGGGACGUCCGGUUCCUGAUUUGCACGGACGUUGCGGCGCGCGGGAUCGACAUCUCCGGGCUGCCGUACGUGAUCAACAUGACGCUGCCGGACCGGUCGGAGGACUACAUCCACCGCAUCGGACGCGUCGGGCGCGCGGGCAAGAUCGGGCUGGCCAUCUCGCUCGUGGCGGCGGUGCCCGAGCGCGUGUGGUACUGCAGCAAGAAGGGCUACAAGCCGUGGUUCGACCCGAAGCCGAAGGACGUGCAGGACCACACGAUAUGGUACGAUGAGUCGGGGUUGCUCAAAGAGGUAGAAGCCCGCGUCAGGCACCCGAUCGCGCGCAUGGGCGCCGACCUGUCGCUCCCGGCGGAGAUCGUCGCGAAGCUGAGCGCGUCCGGCGGCAGGUACGGCGAGGAGGCCGGCGGCGAUGCGACGCAGAAGGAAUCGCAGCAGAGGGUCGAGGAGGUGCGGCCGGCAGUGGUGGGGCUCGCGGAGCUGGAGGUCGCGGCGCAGCACUCGUUCCUCGCGCUCCGGCAGCGCUUCUCCGGGGCCGCGCGGUGA